GCUAGUUGUGGCUUUCUUUGCAGUAUCUGCUCUGGACCAUUUAGAUGCCUUAAUAAAAAUUAAUAGUGAAAAAGAAAAGUUAAUUGAUUGGUUAUAUACAUUUCAAGUACAGCCAGAAAAAAAUGAAUCUAGUCCUAAUGAUUAUGGUUUUAGAAGCUGUACUACUUGUUCAUCAGCAAAUUCCAGUAUUUAUGAUAAACCUCAUGCUGCCUUGACAUAUGCGGCCUUAUGCACGCUUAUCAUUCUUGGCGAUGAUUUAAGCCGAGUGGACAAGAAAAAUAUUGUAACCAGUUUAAGAAAGUUACAGCUUCCAGAUGGAAGUUUUCGUCCAAUGAAUGUUGAAUGUGAGAGUGACAUGCGAUUUGUAUAUUGUGCAGCCUGCAUUUGUUAUAUUCUACAAGACUGGUCUGGUAUGGAUGUGGAAAAAACAGUUGCUUACAUAAAAUUGAGCAGAAAUUAUGAUGGAGGCAUUGGGCAGGGUCCUGGAUUAGAAUCCCAUGAAAAUACUGCUAAUGAUGCUGAAGAAAGUGACAGAGAGGUUAUUGAAAAUGAAAAAAAUUUGGUUGAUAGUUGA